GCGAAUAGUCAGAUAAAGUAAUCCCGUCGAGAGAGAGUCGGCGCGAAUAAUCUCGUCAAAAUGGGCCUACACGUCUUUUGGCCUGCGACCGCUUGCCUGACGCUGUUCGUGGUUUGCGUAAUAAUUCUCAUGCUGAAGUAUGGCGCGACUGUUUGCAAAUUGCGCCACGAACCGUUGCCGUCCGAUCAAGAAUGGGAGGGUAAAGCGUACUCCCGGAAGCUGUCCGUUUCCAUGGCGUGAGAGAAAGCCAUGGAGAGCGACCGCGAAUUGUCCCGAGAAGAUG